AGGGGCUAAAUAAACCACAAUGUAUCUCUUAGCCCUCGCCCCAAUCCUCUUGGUCCUUGUUGGAUCCUUAGGUUUCCUAUUUGUAAAGGUAUCACGGCGUGAGUCUUCUAGAAACUUAGGGGAACUUCCACCGGGUCCACGUGGCAUGCCGGUCGUCGGACAUCUCCACAUGUUGGGGAAACUCCCACACCAAACCCUAACCCACUUGUCCAAGAUAUACGGACCCAUUAUGUCCAUCAAGCUCGGGACCGUCCGAACCAUCGUUGUCUCAUCUCCACGUGCCGCCGAGCUCUUCCUCAAGACCUACGACCACGUUUUCGCCAGCCGGCCUAAAACUCAAGCUGCCGGGAUCUUCUUCAAUGGAUCCAAGGCCGUGACCCUAACCCCGUACGGCACACACUGGCGAAAUGUACGGAAGCUGUACGUCGUUCAUCUCCUUAACACGUCUAAGAUCAUACAGUUUAAACCAAUCAGAACAGAAGAGAUUGGUCGGGUGAUUGAUCGCGUGAAAACUGCGGCGGAGAAGAACGAGGUAGUAAAUGUUAGUAAAAUACUGUUGGAGCUUUUCGAGAAUUUGGUGUAUAGGAUGAUUCUCGGACGCAGUAAAAAUGAUGAUGACGUGAAGCUUAAGGAACUGGUGGAGGAGAUGGUGUCAUUGGCAGGAGCUUUCAAUAUUUCCGAUUAUUUACCUUUACUUGCCCCUUUGGAUCUUCAGGGUUUAUUUCGAAGGAUGAAACAACUACGUAAGUCAAUGGACAUAAUACUUGACAAGAUCAUCGAAGAACAUGAACAUCAGAAAGAUUACAAGUCCAAAGACGACAAGGAUUUCGUGGAUGUACUUCUGUCUUUGCUGAAUCAAUCUAUCGACCCUCAAGACAAAAAUUCAGAAAUAAUCGACAGAAAUCAUGUCAUUGUAAUACUACUAGAUAUGGUUGGAGCAUCGUUGGAGACAUCCGUAAAGGCGAUCGAAUGGAUCUUUUCAGAGAUCUUGAAGAACCCUCGUGUCAUGAAAAAACUACAAGAUGAGUUAGAAACUAUCAUUGGCAAGGAUAGGAUGGUCCAAGAAAGUGAUUUAUCAAAGCUCACAUAUUUGGAUAUGGUUAUAAAAGAAGGUCUAAGGUUACAUCCCGUUGGACCCUUUUUGGUUCCCCACGAAUCCAUGGAAGAUGUUGUGGUUGAUGGAUUUUAUAUACCGAGAAAUUCGAGAAUCUUGAUUAACGUCUGGUCUAUAGGAAGAGAUCGUGAUGUAUGGGGAGAUAAUGUUGAAGAAUUCUAUCCCGAGAGGUUCGAAAACGAAGAUAUCGAUAUCCAAGGCUUGGAUUUCAAGCUUAUUCCUUUUGGUUCAGGACGAAGAAGAUGUCCGGGGAUGCACAUGGGAAUAUUGAAUGUGAGGCUCGUCUUAGCUCAAUUGGUGCAUUCCUUUUAUUGGAAGAUGCCUCAUGGAAUGGCUCUCGAGGAUAUUGACAUGGAUGAGAAGUUCGGACUUACAGUUGGAAGAGCAAAUAAUGUGUUUGCCAUACCAAUCUAUCGUUUCAAUGAUUAAAAAUUGAAUAAUAUUGUUUAAUGUGUCAAUGUUAAAAGUAUGAAAAAAAUAGUGUUUUACGAUGAUGUUUCUUUCCGACAGAUAGUAUUGCAUAUUAGUUAU